AUGAAUGUGUAUGAGGAAUCGGUGCCUGAGAGCAGGGUGGAGAUGUCGCUGUUUGAGAAGACUGAGGACGUCUACCAGACCCUCCACCAUCCUCCAGUAGUGAAGAACCUCCACCCAGAACCCGGGUCAGUGACGGGCGGCAGGUUUAAGACGAUGCAGAUGGUCUUCAACACCCUGAUCAUUAUAUUACUGAUCACUGUACUACUGAUCACUGUAUUGAUCCUGAUCGGACUCCGCACUGAGUCAGCUGCAGAAACACUGCAGAACACAGCGCUGGAGGAACCACAGCUCUCUGAUGAGGAUAGAGAGCUGUGGCGUCUCCAUGAGGGUGAUUAUUAUUUGUUCUGGGAGGCUGAAGGAACCUGCACUGAAGCUCAGAACUUCUGUUCAGAGAGGAACUGCAUAAUCGGAUCUGUUACAACAAAGAACCAGGAUUUAGUUUCUUCUGAAGACCUGGACGAGAGUCUGCGCCACUGCCCGAGGACUGGAGGAGACUCGGAGAAAGCUCAGGGCUGGGUCUGCACUGACAAAAACUUUUUCCUGUUUCACGAUUUUGACUUUGAUAUAGCAGAAGAAGAUUAUAUGAAUGUGUAUGAGGAAUCGGUGCCUGAGAGCAGGAUGGAGAUGUUGUUGAUUGAGAAGACGGAAGACAUCUACCAGACCCUCCACCAUCAGCCUCCAGUAGUACUUAGCUUUGUUGAAUAG